CUAUAUAUAUACAAUUCUUACAAGCUCAUUUCAAUCUUACACCGCAUUUUUCGCACAAUUUUUCUUCUUCUUCAACACCCUUUUUCAUCCAUCGAUCCGUCCUGUUCAGGUCUCAGAAUUAGAAGCUGCAGUGAUGUCUCGAGCAGCCAGGUCCAAGUCAAAGGAUAAAAAGGUGAGUAAAGAACCACCCAAAAUUGCUUCAAAGCCUUCUAGUGCUAGUGGAUACAAUCCUCUUUUUGGGACAUUCCAAACAUUUGACCCAGCUCCCGUGACUGCAAAUGCUGCUCUCCACGUCAGUGGUCGUUUCAAAAGCAUUGAUGAGAGAGAUGACCUUAGUGGGCACUCUCAUGGAGCUGGUGGAGAGAAUGAAACUGUUUCCAAUAAUGGUAGCUGGUCUGGUGAGGAGGACCACAAAGAGAAAACUUCUAAUCUUCCUCCCCGACAAGAGACCUCAGUUGGCACUGAUAAUGACAAGCGGGAAAAAAUCCGUCAGAAAAAUGAGAAGAAGCAUCAACGUCAGAAGGAAAGACGAGCACAAGAGCUGCGUGAGAAAUGUAGUGGCUAUCUCAUGUCAAGAAAGCUUGAGGCACUUGCUAGGCAGUUUGUGGCUAUGGGGUUCCCUUCGGAACAGGCAACUUUGGCUCUUAUUCUGAAUGAAGGCAAAGUAGAAGAAUCAGUAGCAUGGUUAUUAGAAGGAGGCGAAGAAGCAAACAAAUACGAGGCACAAAGUGCUGAUACUGUGGGUAAUUUGAAAAUUGACAUAUCAGAAGAGUUUGCUCGCAUUGCGGACAUGGAAAUUAGAUUUAAUUGCUCCAAGCAGGAAGUCGAAAGAGCAAUAGUUAUCUGUGAAGGCGAUCUUGAGAGGGCUCAAGAUAUGUUGAGGUCACAAAAGCAGGAGCCCCCCUCUGUGCCGCCCAAGCCAGAAGAAACUAGCCAUCCUCCUACUAUGGGCAACAACAAGAUACCAAUUGGCGCCACCAAGAACUUAGCAAGAGUACCUGUUAAACCUUCAUCAUCUAGUACAAUACCAGCAAAGGCAGAUGAUAAAGAGCUCAAUUAUACUAAAGUUGUUGCCCCAGUAAGGCCUUCUAUGGAUCCUGGGAGCAACAGCAUACCAUUGCUGGAAGGGACUGAGCCAAAAUUGGACCGGGGCAAGGCACCUCAGGUGUCAGUACCUGUUGACAAAAGGUUUCCAGAUGCGGGAUCAAAUCCUUCUGUUUCCUGUUCUUUGUCAUCUUCUUUGCAGGUGUCACUUCCACCCGCCAAGACAGAAGCUGAUUAUGUGGCUGUUGAAAAUGAAUUGAAGAAUCUACCAGUAGGAACUGUGACAGAACCAGUUGUAGUCAUGCAACAACCCCCGUUUGUCAAUGCCAGGCACACUCCCACCUCAAAUGUAAGCUCAACUCUUCCAGAAACAGCAGCGCCGUUUUUUCCUAUUAAUAUUGUUGGAACUGUGAGACCCAGUGGUAUGAAUCCACAUAUAGCUGGCACAAAAAGCUUGAUCACUAAUGAUGUCAGCAGUAAUCACCAAUUGCACAACCAACCUCAUUAUCAACAGCACCAACAACCAGAACAAUUUGUUUCCAGCUACGGGACACUCGUGUCUCCAGGAACUAGCUGGGGAAAUAAUUUGUGGAGUUGGACAGGGGGUUCAUCACAGACACAAUUGGUUCCUGCAACUUCAUCACUCGGACUCUUCUCUGGGUUGGGCACCCAUGGUCCUUAUGGGGUGCCGUCUCCUGUUGACUGGAACAGCGGUGGUGGUACAGUUCUGCACCUAGAUUACAAAAACAUAGACUGGAGUUUAGAUCACGGUUCGUCAUCAUCAGGAACAGGUGGUGUGUGGCGAACAACAAACUCUUUAUUGGAACACUAUGAUCCUAAAUAUGAUUCAUUUUACCGUGGAAUCGCUGCUAAGUCUACUUCAAAACCUGUUCUUACCAAUGAGAUUGGAGUUCCGAACCCCGGGUUGCAGGUUGGAGGAUUGAGGGCAGCAGAGACAUUGGUGGCAGGUGGUUCUCGUGAGUGGACGUCUGCGGCAGGUGGUUUUCAUCAGCAGGCAUCUCCAGUGGGUGGUUUUCAUCAGCAGAGAUCUCCAGUGGGUGGUUUUCAUCAGCAGACAUCUGCAGUGGGUGGUUUUCAUCAGCAGACAUCUGCAGCUGGUGGUUCUCGUCAGCAGACGUCUGCAGCAGGUGGCUCUCAUCAGCAGGCGACUGCGGUGGGUGGUUCCCAUGAGUGGACGUCAGCGACGGGUGGUUAUCAUCACUGGACUUCUCCCUUUGAAGAGAGAGACCUUUUUAGCUUACCAAGGCAGUUUGUUUCUUCUCCCUCUCUGUAGAAAAUAGGGGUAGAGGAUUUGGGUGAAUAAAAAACAAAGUAAUGUGAAAAAGAGAAUAGCAGAAUGUUGUUUAUGUAUGUUGGCUCUUAUGAUGCAUUUACCCUCUUUAUAUUAUGAAAAAAAGCAUGCAAUUGCUUGGUUUAA